AUGGAAGGCAAUUUUUGGGAUGCUUCCGGGCCACCUUACUUGCUGAGAGUGCUUCUCAUACCCGCCAUUGCAGCAAUGCAUUUAGGAAGGCGAAUCUCAAAAGCUGCAUAUGAAAAGUUGUGUCAUUCUAAUGAGAUGGUUCAUUGUUACAUUUUGGCAUACAUGUUAAAUAUAUUACAACAAAAACAUCAGAAUAUAGAAACUGCUUUUAACAUAAUAGAAAGUCUUCAAGAGAUGUUUGGACAUCAAAAUCGACAAACUAGGAAAGCCUCCAUUAGGGCAAUUAUGAACACGCACAUGAAACUGGGCACAUUUGUGAGUGACCCUAUGUUAAUCAUGAUUGGUCACUUUAAUGCUGCGGAGGUUUUAGGAACUGACAUUGAUUCUGAGAUGCCGAUUGACAUGGUCCUUGGGACUCUUCCUGAGAUGUUCUCAUAG